AUGCAAGUCAUCCUGCGCUUUUAUAACGCACAUGAUAAGGAGCUGGUGCCUACUUGGUUCCCCUUCGUCGAAGAGAAGCUUCCUGUUUUAUGCCCGCCCUCUCACCUCCUCGCCAAGGCUUUGGCGGAAAGUGUUAUUGAUCGACCCGGUUACGACACCCGGGCCGAGCCUUUCUUUAAUAGCGAGAUCAGCAUAUCUGCCGUCCACAUACCGUGGAUGAAAGAGUUCUGGCAUAAGACAGUGUUUCGGCUGACCGUCGAGUCCGUCGAAGGGCCCAAGAAAUCGGACGAACUGCUGACAACAAACGCGUUUGAUAACAACUCGGGCAAGCUCAGCCGCACAGCUGACUGGUGA